AUGCAUGAUCAUGAUGUUUCUUCGCAAAGCAAAUCGGAGCGAGGUGAAUAUAUAGCUUUGAACGAAGACGAAUCUACCGAAGACCUUGAAUCUCCGGUGCCUAGACGCCGGGGGAUUUUGUCCGUCUCAUUUUUCACCAACCCUCUUGUAUAUGCACCUUUAGCAAUUGUUUUCGCGGGAGCAAUUGUAUUCUUCUGGAUGACCCGUACCGGAAAUCAAUAUAAAUACACAGAUUGUGGAGUGACUCCUGACGAAGCACGAGCACGAGGUUGCGUGUUCGAGCCGAUGCAACGCGCUUGGAUCCCUCCAGAGUGCUAUUUUCCGGAGCCAGGGGAAGACUACGACACCUUUCAGGACAGACAGUGGUACAUGGACCCCAAGAUGACGAUUGACGCUGAUGUAGAGAAGUUGGAGGCUGGGGAAGUGUCCGUAGCCUAUACGCGCUACUGGCAUGACGAGCAUUGUACCUAUCUUCUCCGAAAGCUCGCCCUUGCGGUCUCUAUGGGGAAGAAAAUGAUCAAUUCGAAGGCUUUGGAUAUUGAGCAUUCAAAUCAUUGCGCACUGGCCAUAGCCGAGAGACUGGCUAGCUCGUACAAUGUCUCCUUUGUGGAAACUGACCGUUCCUUCACGGAGAGCCAUUUGGGGUUCGAAUGGUGCCUACCACUCAAGACUGUCGUUGGCCCGGAUAAGGCUGUUCCAGUCUACCCCAAGGGUUCAGAAAAGAAUUAA